AUGUCACCGGCAGAGGGCGAGGAAGAAAAAGAAGAAGAAAACAAAGGCUACACUUUAGCCGAAAGGGGAAGACGCAGGAAAUGUCAUCAAGAGGGGAGUGAAAACAAUGAACGUCCCUUCGUGUUAGGGGCAAUGCACCCAACAGGAUCGAGACUUCGAGCAGGAGAGCAAACCACCUGGCUUUAUGUGGGACAACUCCAUCAAGACGCCACAGAGGAGGAAAUCAUCAGACUCCUCAAUGGACUGGGAGCAGCGGGAAAAACAGAGUGCGAUGAGCUGGAAACAAAGGGCCGCCUAAAGGCCUUCAAAAUUGGGGAGACUUUUGGCUUCCGCGAAAAAGCCAUACAGUCAAAACUAUGGCAAACAGGAGUGCUGGUGAGACAGUACCUUUUUUGGAGUAAGAGACCUGAAGCUGCCAGGUACGACGAGUGGGAGGAAAUUGCCAAGGCAUUUAACGUGUCAAGGAAGGAAUGUGAGGACAAGUGGCAUAAUUUAAAAAGCCAAUAUAGUCGCGAGUUAGCGAAACGGAAGAGCAGCAAAGGAAGUGGAAGUGCUACAAGCAAUGUGUACCACACUUCAUGGUAUGCUUUUGAAAGUAUGCAGUUCAUAAGAGACAAUUACAAACCACUCUCUCAUAGGAGCACACAUGAAGUAGUACCAGUCAUGGAAGCCCCAGCCAGAGAAGGAGAUGGUGAAGGAGAAGGAGAAGGAAGCAUUAGUUUCCCUUUCGACGUCACAGAAAUGGAGGAGGUGACAUUUGCCACGCCCCCAGAAGACAUUGUGGAAGUGGAAACCACUCCACUCAUCUCUGUGCCUCCACAUGAAAGUGGAUGUGCAACCGUGUCACCCUGUACCACUCCAAGUCCGAGUGGAAGUGGUAGAUCAAGUGCACUGAAGAGAGCCAGGAGAGACCUGGAUGAAGACCGAGAAGGUCUUUUACAGACCUUAAGAAAAGUUGGCGACAAUUUAGCAGGCAAGAAAAGGGACCAGUUUACCCACUUGGGUGACUUGGUCGCCAAUAAACUCAGAUUUCUGUAUGAAAAUGGCCAUACUACAAUUAUGGCAAGACUUGAGAACGGAAUCUACAGAUGUUUGCAGGAGGCAAACGAUGAACUAAUAAAUGCAAAUGCAACAUAA